ACGUCACAGCACAGUAGUCGCUGUAGUGUAGUUGUCAUGAUCAGCUGUUUCAACUUCAUCCUUAUUGUAUUGUGCAACUUGUGAAUAUUGUUAUUUAUGUUUGUACAUAACAAAGAGCCUUGUUAACGGUACAUACUUGGGCAAUUACGACGAACGUUUAUUAUUACGCGAAUUUCGAAAUUUUUUUACCUUUUGCACCUUAGCGGUAUUGCGCAAGCGUUAAUGACAAGAACCGCCAAGAUGCAGACCGAAUUUGUUGGCACUCGCUCAUGUACAAGUCGUGUGUGCGUUAGUCGGUCAGUAGUGUUGAAUUAUGCCGGGCCAGGACUUAGAUAAGCAACCCAAUUAUACCAUAAAAUUACUAAACAUGGAGCCCGGAAUUACGCAAAAUCGUUCCUUGCAGAAUCUUGUAGAUGCCGAAGAACAUCCCGACGUCGUCGUGGUUACCAAUAGAAGUAUACGUGAUGUAACUUUAAGAGACUGGAUUACUGUUACUAUUUUAUGUUUCAUUAAUUUAAUUAAUUAUAUGGACCGAUUUACUUUAGCUGGUAUUUUAACCCAAAUACAAGACUACUACAAGAUAACCGAUUCGGACGGCGGCCUCCUGCAGACCGCCUUUAUUUUAAGUUACAUGAUUUUCGCCCCAAUUUUCGGAUAUCUGGGCGAUAGGUAUAGUAGACGGGCGAUCAUGGCUUUCGGCGUCUUCCUGUGGAGCUUGACCACUUUCGUCGGCUCGUUUAUGGACAACUUUACUUGGUUUGUGCUGUUUAGGGCUUUGGUCGGUAUUGGAGAGGCGAGCUAUUCGACCAUUGCGCCGACAAUUAUUAGCGAUUUAUUCGUGAAGGAUGUCAGGUCGAAGAUGUUGGCGUUUUUCUAUUUCGCAAUUCCAGUCGGAAGCGGUUUGGGCUACAUUGUCGGCUCGGAGACCGCGAAAGCCCUAGGAGCUUGGCAAUGGGGACUGAGAGUGACGCCGAUUUUGGGGGCGGUCGCUGUGGUACUUAUUAUGUUCGUCUUGAAGGAUCCCGACCGAGGCGAAAGCGAGGGCGCUCACCACUUAUGCACGACCAGUUGGGUCGAAGAUAUAAAAGAUAUACUUAAAAACCCGAGCUUCAUGUUGUCGACGCUUGGAUUUACGUGCGUCGCGUUUAUAGCCGGGGCCUUGGCCUGGUGGGGCCCGAAGUUUAUAUAUUUAGGUAUCAAGCUUCAGCCGGGCAAUGAGGACGUACAGCUUAGCGACGUUUCUUAUAAGUUUGGAAUCGUAGCGAUGAUUUCUGGAUUGCUAGGAGUUCCGGCAGGUAGUUUUCUGGCUCAAGCGUUGCGUGAGAGAUAUAGAAACAUCGAUCCCAUAAUUUGUGGUUGCGCGUUACUAGUGUCGGCGCCACUUGUGUUUCUAACGUGCGUAACAGCGAAAGCCAGCACGCUGACGUGCUACUUUUUCGUCUUUUUUGCCGAAAUAUCUAUUAAUCUCACAUGGUCAAUUGUCGCCGAUAUAUUAUUGUACGUUGUGGUACCCACACGAAGAUCAUCGGCGGAAGGCUUCCAACUACUUGUCUCGCACGCCUUGGGCGACGCUGGCAGUCCGUACUUCAUAGGAAUUAUUUCAGACGCAUUACGGGUGAUUCUAACCUCAAAGUUACAAUCGUCGUCAUCCGUGCCAACCAUGACAAACGGAACAAUUGUCGCCGCUUUACAGGACAUACCGUCGAAUAGCAGCAACUUGAUAGACUUUAAAGCGUUACAGUAUGCGAUCUUCACGACGUGUUUCGUCGAGGUGAUCGGCGGCGUAUUUUUCCUAAUCACUGCCAUGUAUAUUGUCAAAGAUAGACUAAAAGUGGAGCACGCCGUCAAAGACGUAGCAGUCCCUUCUGUUUCCUUUAGCGGUUCUAGUUCCGAUGUACCAAAGCAGUUUUAAGUGAACGUCGGCAUAGCAGAUAUCGAACGAACGUCAAGAUUGGUGGUGGCGGUUAAUGAGACUGAUCGAACUAUAUUAUCCUGAUCGUUGGUGUAUUAGCUAUUUGCAUGAGCGACGCGAGUGUGCGUGUGUAUAUGUGUGAAAAGUGAGCGCGUCAUUUAAGAUAGUACAAACACGUUUAGACUAUUCGUAUCGUUACCGUAUUAAGCUGCUUCAAUAAUUGUUCACGUUGCAUAUCAGACUGGGUGCGUUCGAGAUUAUUACAAAAAUUAUUUAUAAGGCAGCAAACUGUAAUUAGAAGAAAUGAACAGAUGCUUGUUUUGGUUCAUAAUAAAUGAAGUAAACCUUUACCGAGGCAAUAAUUUAAUUGAUCGUUUUGUAGAUUUCUAUUGUAUAUUUAUAUACAUUUUAUAAUUUUUUUUUUAUAUUUGCCGAUUGUAAAUAUAUAUUUUGAGAAUA